AUGGAAUCGAAAGAGGCCCUGGAACUGUCGGUCACGCCGGAGGAACUGUGCCGCACCUGUCUGGCUGCGGUACCGGACCGGUCGCAGUUGAAGCCAAUAUUUUGUAGCGAAAUUCUCGACGGCAAAAUAGUGCCCUUCCCGAAAGUGCUCGAGCUCGUGAUCGGGGCCAAGUUCGUAAAGGAUGAGAAACUGCCGAACAACGUGUGCAUCGAAUGUAAAGCCAAGGUACGCGAUCUGUACGUGUACGUGUCCAAGGUACGCAAUUCGGUGGAACUACUGUACGAUAUUUUCGGAGUCGCCAAACCGGCGGAAGCCUCGAACGUCAUCGUCAAGGCGGAGCCACCGAAGAAGAUCGACACGCGCAACGUCGAGGUACAAACGGAUGCAAUCGAAGCGGCAGAACCACCGCAACCGAAAACGGUCGAGACAGGCACACAGUGUGACCCCAUAGAACCGACUCCUAGGUCAUCGCUGGUAUCACCGCGAGAAAUUGAAAAUAAGCGGGGAACGACACCGCCGCCAGCUUCGAAAAAAGGGGUGUCGUCGCACCUUAUGAAUUUGCGAUGCGGGGAAUCGAGCAGCGAAAUAAGGGUCACCGUAAUGGAACAGGAUGAGGACGAGGAGGAGGAGGGAGACCAGAACGAAGGAGAUUCGAAGACAGACAACGAACAAGCUCUCGUCGAAGCACUUAGCACAAAAAGCGGAUCGUUCGAUCAUGACGAGUACGAGAUUCAACUGGUCAGCGAAGAGCCUGAAACCGACGAAUGUCUCGCACUGAGUGUUGUCGAGAAAGUCGGCCCCAGCCAGUUGAAGGGCGAAAAUGGAAAGGAAAGCUCCGACGAAAACGUGACUGGGUCCUUUGGGUCGUUCAGGAACAAAAGUUGGUCCGCUGUGAAGCGAGAACCGCACGACUCUUGCACCUACUGUGACUUCACGUCACGGGCGACCACCUUUGUGAGGCACUUUCUCAUCCACAAGCAGACGCUCGAAAUGUGCUUCGAGUCGAUCGACUACUUCCGGUGCAGCUUAUGCUUCACCGUGUUCAUCUCGCAGAGCCACUUCGAGGAACACUUCGAUACGACCUGCGCCAGCGUCGCCCAGGAGGAGUACACCGUGCACGAGGAUCUGCUCAAACACGAAACGUUCUACCAGAACGGGCUGGACAUUUGCGUGCCGAAGCUGAAGACGUUCAAGCGGACGGAUGCUAGGUUUCGCUGUGGGCGCUGUUGCGUCUAUCAGGACACAUUCGAGGACAUGCGCCUACACUGCCAGACCCACGAGGUCGAGGACGAUCACACGCAGAACGUGGACCUGCUGUGGCGCGAGAAUAUGCUCGAAAAGGUGCACGUCUGCGGUAUCUGCGGCGCCCACUUCCCGGACGCCAUGUUCAUCCGGCAGCACCUCUACUUUCACCAAACGGCGUACUUCUGUGCGUACGAUUGUUCGCAGACUUUUGACGAUUUUCACCGCCUCACGAAGCACAUCUCGCGCAAACACUACAAGCCGGCGGGUGAGGAAACGACCGCCGAGUUCUUCUGCGACCGGUGUCCCAAGAGCUUCAGCAGUACCGAGUCGCUCAAGACGCACGUGAAGAAUCAUUUGCGCGAGCGUAAGUACGUUUGCUGUGUCUGCUCGAAGCGCUUCGUCCAGAAGAGCGAUCUCAUCAUUCACGGCCGCACCCAUACGGACGAACGGCCGUACGAGUGCCGGCAGUGUAGCAAACGGUUCCGCACGGCGAGCCAUCUGCGCGAUCACAUGUCGACGCACGAGGAGGUUAACAAGUUCGAGUGCGACGUGUGUCACAAGCUGUUCAAGGCGGAACGUAUCCUGGCCGGCCACCGGCAACUGCACACCGGACUGAAGCCGUACGCCUGCGAUAUCUGCUCGAAAACGUUCGUCCGCAAGCAACACUUAAAGCUGCACGCACAAACGCACUCCCGAUCGUCGCCACCUCUUAAGGACGACCCCAAAACGGCAUAA